CACCGAGCGGGCGACGACCCCACCGGGUUGCGAACGCUGGGAAGGCGCCUCCAGGACGCCCUUGGCGGGCUUCUGCUGCGACAGCAACAGCAGCAACAGCAACCGUUAGUACACCUCUUUCAGCAACACCAUCAACGGUUACAGCAACAGCGACAACAGGGUCCCUUCCUAGCCCCCAGCCCCAUACUAACCAAAAACGCAGACCCCCUUUUGGAGCUCCUGCUGCACCCCCGCAACUUGCAACCGCCGCUGGCGUUACGGCAAGCUGUCGUACACCUCCUAGCCCCGUCCCAUUCCUUUGCAUGGCGGUCGGUUCCCAAGGAAAAGUACGACACAUUGCUUCGGCGGUUAAUGGCACGAACGCUGUGGUGGAAACGGAUACCUCAUCUCUCACCUUCGCCGUCGCCGUCGCACCGUGAGGGGCGUACGGCAGAGGUAGCUGCGGCGGCGGCGGCAGCAGCGGAGGCGGAGGCGGAGGUGCUGGAGGAAGCGCUAGCGGCGGG